UAAACAAUUCCUAGUAAACGCAAAAACAAAAGUAUAGAUUGCUCCUGCUGCACAAAUAUAAAAAUUAAGAAAUAAGAAUUUCAACCCCCAUCCGGGUUAAAAAUAAAAACAAGUUUCAGUGGUUUAGCAAGUUCAAGACUACGCCCCCGCCUAGACUGUGUUUUCGCUACCACCCCAUAGCAAUCAACUAGGCACAAGCAGUUAAUUGUCUGGUUUUUGUAUUUUACUUAUUUAAUGUUCGGAAAGCUCAUCAUUGUUUUCACUUUAUAUCCUUAAAUAAAUUCGAUUAAACCGAAAAGUUCAACUGUUUACUCAGUGGUGUUUGUGUGUAAGCUUCCAUUGUGUUAUACUCGUGAUCAUUAAUUCUUCGCAAAGUAAGGACGAAUUUUUUGAUCUUCGGACUGACCGCAUUUACUCCCACGCAGAGUUUAAGCUUACAUAACUAAGAUAUAGCAUCGAACAUGUCAGCCGAUUCAGAUAUGGAAUAUUCGGAUAACGAUUGCGAGUAUGAUGAUUACUAUAAUUCAGGUGAAGACUGCGAUGUUGAACGAUUAGAUCCGAAAAAAGCAGAUCCGGAAUAUUUUGAAUAUGAGUGCUUAACGGUUGAAGAAGUGGAAAAAUUGCUUAACGAAUCUGUUGAAAAGCUAAAUACCAUACUUCAGAUAACACCUUCACUCGCCAAAGUUCUUUUACUCGAACAUCAAUGGAUGAAUCAUGUGGUUGUGGACAAAUAUCGUCAAAAUGCUAAUGCUUUACUAAUUGAGGCACGAAUAAAAUCGCCUAAUCCUGCUAAUAGUAAUCUAGCAACAAUAUCCACGUCGACAAAUACAAACGCUGAUGUACCGUCAACAAGCGCCGCUGCUAUUGCUCAAGUCUCCUUAAGUGUUUAUAGUAAAAAUUCUUCGUGCAAUAAUGGCCACAGUAGCAGUAAUAACUAUAAUAAUAAUAAUAAUAAUAACAAUAGUCGGUUACAUGGGUUAAGCGGGUCAAAUAGUUGCAGUACCAUUUCUCAUCAAUAUCGCAGUCAAAUGUGUCCCGUGUGUGCUACUGUUCAUUUAGGCGAUAAAUUCUAUAGCCUUUCAUGUGGUCAUGUAUUCUGCAAGGAUUGUUGGUCGAUGUAUUUCGAAACGCAAAUUUUUCAGGGCAUCUCCACACAAAUCGGUUGUAUGGCGGCAAUGUGCAAUGUUCGUGUCCCGGAGGAUUUAGUUUUAACACUAGUAACAAGACCCGUUAUGCGAGAAAAAUAUCAACAAUUUGCUUUUAAAGAUUAUGUGAAAUCUCAUCCGGAAUUGCGUUUCUGUCCAGGGCCAAAUUGUCAGAUUAUCGUGCGUUCACGGGAAAUCGCUCCUAAAAGAGUGAUAUGCAAAGUGUGCAAUACAUCCUUUUGUUUCAAGUGUGGUAUGGAUUAUCAUGCUCCUACCGACUGCCAGAUCAUAAAAAAUUGGCUAACCAAAUGUGCGGAUGACAGCGAGACGGCUAAUUACAUUAGCGCCAAUACCAAAGAUUGUCCCAAAUGUCAUAUAUGCAUUGAAAAGAAUGGCGGCUGCAAUCAUAUGCAAUGCUUUAAUUGCAAAUAUGAUUUUUGCUGGAUGUGUUUAGGUGAUUGGAAAAUGCACGGAUCCGAAUAUUAUGAAUGUUCACGUUAUAAAGAUAAUCCCAAUAUAGCCAAUGAAUCGGUGCACGUUCAAGCAAGGGAAGCGCUUAAGAAAUACUUGCAUUAUUACGAAAGAUGGGAAAAUCAUUCGAAAUCUUUACAGUUGGAACAACAAACAUUGGACCGUUUACGGCAACGUAUCAAUGAUAAAGUAAUGAAAGGUCGUGGCACUUGGAUUGAUUGGCAAUAUUUAUUCAAUGCGGCAGCUUUAUUAGCCAAAUGCCGUUACACUUUGCAAUAUACGUAUCCCUACGCCUAUUCGAUGGAAAGCGGUUCACGAAAAGAUCUAUUUGAGUAUCAACAGGCUCAAUUGGAAGCCGAAAUAGAGAAUCUAUCCUGGAAAAUAGAAAGGGCUGAAACCACGGACUUAGGUGAUUUGGAGAAUCAAAUGGAUAUAGCUGAAAAACGACGUACUACUUUACUUAAAGAUUUUUUCCCCUUAGAUGCAUAAAACUUUUUGCUACGAGAAACAAAUGCCAAAAUUCCCCAAAUUAUCUAAAGUGUAGUUAAAAUAUUAGGCAAAGGAUUUAAGAAGAAUUUAAACUGUUACUCGAAUAAAGUAUUUAGAACAUUUUAAAUUACAAAUUCUUAACCAUGUAUGAUCCAGAUCUCACCUUCAAUUUAUUUCCGUUCACGUUUCUCAUUCUGUCUCCUUCUGUUCUGCUCUUAGUUAAAAAAAAAACAUAUUUCAGGUUUAUUUUAAUAUAUUUUAGAAACAACAAACAAAAAAAAAACAGUUUUAAUAAACACUUCCAUUUUGUAUGCAAUGUAAGGCAUUGAGCUUAAGAGAAAUAAAGUUAACCGAGUCUCUUAUUCCCCUAUAAUCCCCAUAACAUAUUUUAUACGAGUUAUCCUUUUAAAAGAUUGUGCUAAUGAUUGCCCAUACAAUUUAAUUGAGAAAAAAAAAAAAGCGAAUAAUUUAAUAUAAAAUAUAUAUAGCGAUAAUAUACAGGAUUUAAGCUAAGAGUGGCUAUUAUAUAUUCAGAUUUUACGUCAUUGCAUUAGUUUUAAGAAACAUUUUGUAAAACUCCCUACAUUCCCUAUACAAACUUUUUUCUUUUAAACGCGUUUCCUAUAAUUUUUAGAUUUGUUUUUUGUUUGCCAAAUUAAUUA